CACAGCCAGUCCGGACCACCGCCGCCGCGCCCGUCCCCCGCCCGGCCGGCGCCCUCCUGUUUCCUUCCUCCAGGGGGAAAAAUGUGCUUUGGGCCGCUUUCCAGGAAGCAGCAGGAUGUGCCGCUCCACUGUCAGUAGCAACAAGCUGCGCAAACCAUGCAGGAUGAUUUACUGAUGGACAAAAGCAAAACCCAGCCCCAGCCCCAGCAGCAGCAGCAGCGGCAGCAGCAGCAGCAGCCCCAGUCCGAGCCCAGCGCAGCCGAAACCCCGUCCACGCCCCUCUCCUCAGAGACCCCCAAGCCGGAGGACAGCAGCGCCGUGCCGGCCCUUAGCCCUGCCGCGGCCCCGCCGGCCCCUAACGGCCCCGACAAGAUGCAAAUGGAAUCGCCGCUCCUGCCGGGCUUGAGUUUCCACCAGCCCCCUCAGCAGCAGCCACCGCCACAGGAUCCCGGGGCACCGGGCGCGUCGCUGUCGCCGUCCUUCGGCAGCACCUGGUCCACUGGCACCACGAAUGCGGUGGAGGACAGCUUCUUCCAGGGGAUCACCCCAGUCAAUGGGACCAUGCUCUUCCAGAACUUCCCGCACCAUGUCAACCCAGUCUUCGGAGGCACCUUCUCCCCGCAAAUUGGCCUGGCGCAGACCCAGCACCACCAGCAGCCGCCUCCGCCUGCGCCGCAACCCGCUCAGCCCGCGCAGCCCCCGCAGGCGCAGCCUCCGCAGCAGCGUCGCUCGCCAGCCAGCCCCAGCCAGGCGCCCUAUGCUCAGAGGAGCGCCCCCGCGGCUUACGGCCACCAGCCCAUCAUGACCAGCAAGCCGUCCUCGUCUUCGGCUGUAGCAGCAGCUGCGGCCGCCGCUGCUGCCUCGUCUGCCUCCUCCAGCUGGAACACGCACCAGAGCGUGAAUGCCGCCUGGAGUGCGCCUUCCAACCCGUGGGGCGGCCUGCAGGCGGGCCGGGACCCUCGCCGGGCAGUCGGCGUGGGUGUGGGCGUGGGCGUCGGGGUGCCUUCACCGCUCAACCCUAUUUCGCCACUCAAAAAGCCCUUCUCCAGUAAUGUGAUCGCGCCGCCUAAGUUCCCUCGCGCAGCCCCGCUCACCUCCAAAUCCUGGAUGGAGGAUAACGCAUUCCGGACCGAUAAUGGUAACAAUCUGUUGCCAUUUCAGGACCGGAGUAGGCCCUAUGACACUUUUAACUUGCACUCGUUGGAGAACUCCUUAAUGGAUAUGAUAAGGACUGAUCAUGAGCCUCUGAAAGGUAAACACUACCCUCCCAGUGGCCCACCAAUGAGUUUCGCUGAUAUAAUGUGGAGGAAUCAUUUUGCAGGACGUAUGGGAAUAAAUUUCCACCAUCCAGGAACAGAUAAUAUUAUGGCACUUAACACCAGGAGCUAUGGGCGGAGACGAGGUCGGUCUUCUCUUUUUCCCUUUGAAGAUGCCUUCCUGGAUGACAGUCAUGGUGAUCAGUCCUUGUCGUCUGGCUUAAGUUCUCCCACUCGCUGUCAAAAUGGGGAACGAGUAGAACGCUACUCUAGAAAGGUGUUUGUUGGAGGCCUUCCUCCUGAUAUCGAUGAAGAUGAGAUCACUGCCAGCUUUCGCAGGUUUGGACCUCUCGUUGUAGACUGGCCUCACAAAGCUGAAAGCAAGUCGUAUUUUCCUCCUAAAGGCUAUGCCUUUCUGCUGUUCCAGGAGGAGAGCUCAGUACAAGCUUUGAUAGAUGCCUGCCUAGAAGAAGAUGGGAAACUGUACCUGUGUGUGUCAAGCCCCACCAUCAAAGACAAACCGGUGCAAAUUCGACCAUGGAACCUAAGUGACAGUGACUUUGUAAUGGAUGGUUCUCAGCCUUUGGACCCCAGAAAAACUAUCUUUGUUGGGGGAGUCCCACGACCCCUUCGAGCUGUUGAGCUGGCAAUGAUCAUGGACCGUUUGUAUGGUGGUGUCUGCUAUGCUGGCAUUGAUACGGACCCAGAGCUGAAGUACCCGAAAGGUGCUGGCCGCGUGGCAUUCUCCAAUCAGCAGAGUUAUAUCGCAGCCAUCAGUGCUCGCUUUGUGCAGCUCCAGCACAAUGACAUUGACAAACGGGUGGAAGUGAAGCCAUACGUGCUGGACGACCAGAUGUGUGACGAGUGCCAGGGCACGCGCUGCGGUGGGAAGUUCGCCCCGUUCUUCUGCGCCAACGUCACCUGCCUGCAGUACUACUGCGAAUACUGCUGGGCGAGCAUACACUCGCGCGCCGGGCGGGAGUUCCACAAACCGCUGGUGAAGGAGGGAGGCGACCGCCCUCGGCACGUCCCGUUCCGCUGGAGCUGAGCCCGGGCAGACCCGGCCACAAGUACUGGAGUGGAUAGCGAGGAGGGAAAAGAGAGGGCACCGCCUCAGGGCUUACAGUGUUCUGGAAAUCUGUGCAUUCGUUCUCGAUUUUUAAAGAAGAAAUGGGUCUUUUUAUUAUUAUUAUUAUUUACAGUCAUAUUACUGAACUCGAUGUCCAGUAUAAUGCAAAAUUGCAGAGUGUAUAACGGUACUGAUUUGCACUUUGAUUCUCACACCUUUGUCUGCUUGGUACCCUCGUUUCUCACCCCAGUUUGUCCCUGGUGACAGUGCGUAGACUGCCAUUCUCACCCGCCGCCAUCAGGUUGAUGUCUGUGAUUUUUCUGUUUGUUGUUGUGUUGUUGUUGUUGUUCCGAUUGUUUUUGAACUGGAGCAUGCACUUAUUUUCAGAAACUUAGAGAGUUGCCCCUAGGAGAAGACUUACCAAAGGUAAUAAUUGUGAGUAGGUGGCAGAUGUAGCAAAAACUUCACAACAGCUCAGCAAUCAUAGUUGGGGUCAUUUAGAGCAAGGUAAACCCUUAAUGAAAAUAAGCCUUUAGUUGCUCUCUAUUUUGACAUGUAAGGAUACCUCAUAAGCUGAAUCCCUAUUUUUCCUUCACGUUUGAUUUUUAUUUUGCUGAGGAUUUUGGUUAGAUUUUUUAGUGUUAUGUAAAUUUAUGCUGCAAUAGCUUUUGCUGCUAUUAAAAUGGUAUUAUUAAUACCAUAAUACUCUAUUCAGGCUAAGGUAUCAAUGGAAAAAAAGCCCAACAACACACUUUUGUGAUUUAGGGAUAGAAUCAGCUGCCGAAAGGAGAUCGGAAUAGAUUUCAGAAAGCUUCAACGGAAGGUCACUAUUUCUGAUUGCAUGUUUACUUAAUCAGGUUGCUGCAUGCAAUAAAUUUUAUAUCCAAUGUCUAGUAUAAAACCUUCCCACAAUGCACAAAUUAAGAAUCUAUAUAAGCUAUAAAAUACUGAUUUUUUUAAAGAAGAUUUUUUUUUAUUCAAAGAAUUGGUAAUUGACCGGAGGAAGGCAUGCCUCAAUAAACGGAAUGCUUCUGAAAUUAGGAAGAGCCCAUAACAGAAUGACCUAUAUUACAACCAAUAUAAAACCUAGGUGUAGGAUAUUCUUAAAGCAAAUUUGUGGAUGGUAGAUGAAGUACUUUGCGGUGCUCUGUUAUAUAUUGUGCAAUUUAUUUUAUAUAGUAAAGUGAUUAUGUCUAACUGUGAUCAAACUUAACUGUUUAAAAGCCUCUGUGUCAGACAUUAAUGAACUUGACAGUUCAUAACUGGUAUACUAUUAACUAACACAUGAGCUCUUAGUUACAAUCUCCUAGUGCUUGCACCAUUUUACAUAGCUUCAGACCUUGUCCAGAAAACCAAAGAGCUCAUCUUAGCUUACAAACACUAGGAAUAUAUACAGUAUAUAGAGAUAAGUUGUCAGAUUGACAGACUAGGCACAUUUUAAGAAAGUUGCGUGCUGGUGAUGCUAAAGAAAUGUCUGUACGGAACAAGAUGGCCUGGGCAGGGUUGGUUGUCUGGGUAAGAAAUUAACUACUUAAUUCCCUGGAUUUAUCCUGUAAAGCUUGAAUAGAAUUCAGACCUGCUAAUACUACCAUGGACAUUUUUUUAGCAUUCACUCUUGGGCUGCAGAUAGUAAUAUAUAAACACACACAACGGUUGUGAGACUACGUAAAUUUGUUUUAAUCUUCUUCCUAUGUUUUGGAAUUCUGGGGACAAUCUGACUGGAUAUGACACUGCAGAGUAGACUUAAAUCGCCGUGUUCCGUGUGCUGUGAUGUCCUUGUGCCGUCCUAAGUUGAUACUGCUCGUUUCCGUUCCGUUCCGUUUUGUUUCUCCAGCGUUCAGUUGCAAUUACCAGCUCCCAAACUAUAGUUUGUUUCAAAAAGGAAAAACAAAAUAGUUUUUUACUGGAUUAAAAAUGCUUAUUAGAAUUCUCCCCCUUUGAGGUUACCUCUGGGCUUUUUGGUAAUAAUCGCUUUUUUCCAGCCCAGCUGUGGUUUUCUGUUUGUUUUUGUUUUUUUCUUUCUUUCUGUGUUUGUGUUUUUUUUCACCUGUACAAGAAAUUUUGUUAUGCACUACUACUUUUGUAUUCUAGACAGUUUUCAAAAGCUGGCUGAAGACUUUUUUGUUUGUUUGUUUUUAAGGAAAAAGGCAUGCUUUCUGACUGACACGAUCUUUUGCAAUACCUCAAUUUUGAAAUAUAGGAGAGAAAAUGAUAUUUUCUAAGUAAGUUUAUUCAGAAAAAUAUAUAUUAAUUUAAUUCUGCAAGAAAAAUGAUUUAACAGAUGGGUAACUUUAUUUUUUUCAUGCUUAUUUGUGUUUUUUGAAAAUGAAGAAGUUAGAGCUUUAUAACUAUAAUAUUAAAGAUCAUAUCUAACCUACAGAAAUCUACCUAAUUAUGUGAAAGAAGCAAAACUUUUUGAAGAAGCACCCCUCUUUCAUGUACUAAAAUAACACUGAGAUUUUUAAAAAGCUGAAAGAUUGUACAGCAUAAAGCUUAACAUGAAAGCGAGAAAACAUUGUCACGAAGAAUAGGUUACAAAAAAUAAACUCCAUUUGGUGCUGAAAGUUGCGGAUAGAUGGUGGAAACGACUUUCCCUUCAUUUGUAUAUUUAUAAUCAAGCGUUGAUUGUGCACGACUGACCAGGAUUGUGAAAGAGUUCUUCUGUUUGUAUUUUUUUAAAGAGAACUUUUUUAGUUUAUUAAAUUAUAACAUGUUCCCUUUUGUUUUGUAAAUAAAUGUGCCCCCAAGUUGUUAAUGUUAUAUUAAAAGAGAGGGUCCUUCAAAAAAAUUAUUUUUUAAAACACAGAGGUGUUCUGACCUGCAACUUGACUGGGAAGCCCCUGGGUAUCACAGGUCCUGUUGUGGCCUUUCCUUGACGUGACACUUGAACUAGUCGAUUUUUUGAAGGCUAUAACCUAACCUCGACUAUUUGUUGUUAUGUGCAAUACUGUUUGUACUGUUUGUAUAAAAAAUAGAAAAAAAAAGAAAAGAAAAAAGGCAUAAAUCUUUAUUGCAGAUUUAUUUUCAUUGCAAACUUUAGACAUUGUGAUUCACUGAAAUCAUUUUUCUACUGUCAAAUAUGUACCUUUUCUUCAUGCUGGUAUUUUUUCAAUAGUAAUGUAGCCUUUGUACUGAGACAAAUUUUCAUUGUUAUUUUUAGAAAGAUUUUUUGCUAAGAAAAAAAUUAAACAUAUUUACAUAUUUUUCAUUUUAUUUCGUAUUUUCUUUAAGGAGUGCUUUCUCAAUCAUUAAUAGAGUUGUUUCUGGGAGGGACUUUCAUAUCUGGUCAAUGUCAUAAUAUUAUUUUGUAUUUUUACUUGGAAUAAAUUAAUUUUAUGAUGCUAAUUCUUUAAAAGUUUAUUUUUUUCAUUUUCAGUUAUUUUUGAAGCUAAAACCUUUGUAAUAUUGUUACUAAAGUGUCUAGUUUUUUGAAAUGCAAAGCUUUAUGUAUUAACUUGCUGAUGUGGUUUACAAUAGUGUGACAACAGUGAAAACGGUUGGGUGUGUAAAGUGGUUGGAAACUGUAAUGAACAAUUGGGUAAUAAAAUGACAGAAUGAGCAGAACAUGUGAGAUUUUGACAAGCCUUUUCCUUUGUUCCAGUGGGUUAGUGUGAGAUUAGGGAUGUCACAGUACAGCUCUCUGGGGAUGUCACAGUGGAUUUAUACAACACCAGUGCAGCCCACUCUGUGGCUCUGAUCAUGAAGUCACCCCUAGUGAAAUACCGCCGGGUUGAGAACCUGGCCAGGUCAGCGGAAUGACUCAUUGCUUUCCCCCUCUAACUCUUCAUUAUGUCGUGUGUGUGCGUGCGUGUGUGUGCGCGUGUGUGUGUGAAUUGCCACCAACUGCUGUCCAUGUGUGAGACAGUGCCUCUCACCCAGGCCACAUCUUUUCCAUUCAUUGACAGUGGUGACGUCUGUCAGUCAGAGGAGGCUGCUGCGAGGACACCACCUUCGGUGUAGUUGGACUCGGGUGGUGGCGUCUUCCCCCGAGUUGCCCGCAGGGCCCGGGGCAGUGCACCCUGGAGGCACUCUCAGGCGCCACCACUGCAUAUGGACAGUCUCCGACUCCGCCUUCCUUCACCUCCCACCUGCUCCCUGUUCUGGUGCCCCUUGUUUGUCCCUAAUUGUCCCUGAUUGUGGCAACACAUCUGGCACCACUCCCGAGCAUGAUCUGUCUGCCCUCCUGCUGCUUCUCCAACACCCGCCUCACCUCGAAGCGGUGCUGUCACGGCAGCGCGUCCUUGUGGUGGCACCUCAAGUGAACACGAACAAACCACCCGACUGCAAAGCUGGUGUUGCGUAAACGGAACAUCCAAUGACUUGCUCUAGACAGGGGGUGUUUCUGUGAGUCCUUGGUAGCCUCUCCCGGUCCACUGCCACGGAGGCGAGGUUAUCAAUGACUUGGAGAAACGUGUGUCCAGAGUUGGCUUUUGGGUAUGCUCUGUGUAUUCAGUUUUGUAAAUAAUAUAUAGAUUAGAUCAAGUUGUGAUGUAAAAUUUUAACUCAAAUUGGGUAUUACUGGUUGGAAUUUUACAUUAACUACAAAUAAGUGAUUAGGAACAGAAGAAACGAAAUUGGAAAAUUCUUGCUUAGUGGUAUAAAGAUUACGCUUAGAUUUCUGCUUAUAUCUUGUGUUUUAUAGCUUGUUAGUGAGGCAUGGGCUAAUGCAGAAUGUAUUGCAUUUAUGCAAUUUAGCAAAUAACUGCUAGUUUUAAUUUUAUCUAUUGUAUUAGCAACAAAAUGGUAUUUAACUGGGUAAAGCUCCUACCUAAAUAUUUGAGUAUUGUGACAUCUCUACUUGCAAGGUUUGAGUGAAAGAUUAGUCACAGCUUAGUGAAAAAAGUAUCCUUUUGUUAAAUCUGGCUUAUUUGUAUGGAUUGUUGCUUUUUCACCAGUUUGUAUGGUAUGUCAGCUAACAUUUUCUGUUUUCUUUUUUAAUGAUAACCAGACUUCUCUAUCUCAGCUGCAAUAGUGUUCCAUUUUACCACAGAGUAUUUUAUAAUUAAUGCUGUUGACUUUAUACCCCAAAAUGAGUCAAGAAGUGGAUAUGUGAUUUGCGGAUGUUUAAAUGUGUAUGACGAUGAAGUUAAUCGCAACAAAUAGAAAACUCGGGUGCUAAUACAGGAUAUAGUUCCGUUGGGGUAUAAAGUAUUAGGUAUUUGUAUUUUUGCUGUCAAAAUAAUGGACAUAACUUUUAGAGUGUUCACAGCUAAGAUCUCUGUAUUUGUUUUUCAACUAACAACUAAUUUUAAAUGUAUUGUAUCUUUUAUUACCUGUCCUCAGAUUGUUUUUGCUCUGGUAACCCUUACUCAGCUUCCGCCUUCGGGGCUUGGACUAAUGUUGCUUGUACGGAACUGCAGUACUGUGACUAAACAUGGAGCUCGAUGCAGCUAUUGCUUACAACUGCUUAAACUUUGUAGUUUGGACUUCAUUUUUUUCUGUAAUAACAACUUAUUAAAUCUAGUUGUAUGAA